AUGCAGUCUAGCUACUCCGCUACUACUUGGCUACACUCGACCGCGUCCGUCCGCCGGCGCGCGCGUCUCUGUCUGACCGUCCGUCUACAUACACUUUGCUUUCUCGUCCCACCCCCACCCUGCUGUUUAUUUGUCUACCUGCCUGCCUGCCUGCCGGGCCUCGUGGUCAUGCCCUCCGUCACUUCGAUGCCAUCAUCCUUCACCCAGUUCAAUCCCACGCGACUGCGCUCCUACGUCCUCCGCUUGCCGCUCACCACCAGGCUGCUGCUGGCUGCCAUUGUCGCAUUAUGGUCCGCCGCCAUUCCUUUCCCGUGGAUCAGGGACAAGGCCGCCCUGGCCCCCGACAAGUUUGAUCUGACCCAGAUGCAUCGCCUGAAUCUUUUCCCUCUCAUGCAUAUCGGCUUCUUCCACUUGCUCUUCGACAUCAUCACCUUGACUCCCCUUCUCGAGCGCUUCGAAUCCGAAUUCGGCACCAUUGUAACCCUGUCUCUCUUCACCGGCCCAUUCGGGCUGCUUCCCGGAGGACUAUACCUGUUUCUGGAGAAAAUUAUUCUGCGAGGAAACACUGCCGUCAUGGGCUCAAGUGUAUGGGUCUUCCUCCUUCUCGCCUCCGAGGCCAUUAAAACCAGCAAAUCCAAUCCAAACUUCAGCAUCGGUCCAUAUAAAAUCCCAACUUGGACAACUCCCCUUAUUCUCAUCCUCAUCACCUCCGCCCUCAUGCCUCACGUCUCGCUUCUCGGCCAUCUCUGCGGUGCCGCCGUCGGAUACCUCUGGGGUCUUGGUUACAUCAAAUUUCUCGUCCCCCAUGAAAAGAUCCUUCGCUGGAUCGAGACAAAACUCAAUCUUCUCGGCCGCCUUCCGCAUUACGUGAGCGUGGACCAGAAAACAUAUGGCCGCUACGGUGUGCUGCCGACCACAACGACAGGGAUUCCGUUGGGCGGUGGGCCUCGAAGCCCGCUACCAGAUGGGGGAGGCCAAAGGUUGGGGCCUUGAAUCUUGGUUUGUCAUGAGGAGUAAUCGAAGAGCAGUUGACGUGGAAUAAUUUUGUGUAGAUAUUACCCCUUCUUCAAAGGUUUUAGCGUUUAGAAUUCGUUGCGCCAUCUUCCUGUACUAUUUACCCCUGGGGAGCCUCAUCAUUCUCCCCCGCCUUCUCGAAGAAUGCGUUAUCACGCUUGCUCGAGCGUCGCAUCAUCUAUCUGCAUAGCGUUGUUUUGGUUACGAAAAUUUCAACUUUUUCCUAUCUACCCUCCCCAGCCGUUGUUCAAUCAUCAGCUGAACCCGUAAACGUCCGUUUGUACCGCGUCUGUCUGUCCCGUGUCCAGUGGCUAAGCUCGCAGAGAGUCACACAGAACCAAGUGAAUGAAUGGACAUCUGGUUGGUUGAUUGAUUGGCCACGCUUAGGCAUCGUUCCCGGAGCACUCACCCCUCAAUUCCGCCCCUGAUUUCUCGAUGCCUCCCUCGCCGCCUUCUUGCUAACCCCUCCAACACCCUGGCUCUGUCGACCAUGACGACGAUCGUGGGGCUCCUUUUUGCUUUGAGAAUGAUAAUGAUGAUGGUGUUGGUCGCCACCAUUGCCACCAUUGCCAGCACUAGAACUCAUCAACUCUGCAUUGAGCUCAUGACGCUGCAUCGUUGCUGUGUGUACACCCAGGUUUAGAAACAGACGAGUAGAUGCGAAUGUAUUUGCUCGCAGCGCUUCGCCCAGCUCCGUCGAUAUAUGGAAGUUCCUCACGAAUCGAUUCCCUUGGGAUGAUGGUAAAGUGGCACUAUAUACAGCGGCUCGUAGUUGGAGUGUACUCAAUGGAGAUUCUGGUCCACUGGAAAUGGGUUCUUUUUUUUUUUUUGGUUUUCCAAAGGAAGUUGAAGAGUUUCCCACCGGAAUGUUGUCGACCGGACUCUUGGAGCAAUGUGUAAGCAACACCGAAUGCCUACAUAUCCUCGGAAAAGUGACUGGAUUCCACCCUGAAGGAUAUACCAGCCUUUCUCUUGAUAUGAGCUGCCCGUGCUGCUGUAUCGCCUUUUGAGGAUUCCCACGCUCGGCCACGGAAACUACAGAUGCAGCGUCAUGUCCUAGCAAAGAGACAUGAAAGCUAUCCGAAGUGAUGAGAAAUUUCUCGGAAGUAAUGCUGAUAUCGUUCGAUCCGGCAGUCUCAAUAUCUU